CAAUAACAGGGGAGCGCACACAGCCUGCGGCGAGAGCGCACAGGGAGGGGAGGAUGGUCUCUCCCUCUCUUUCUCCCUCCCCUCGCCGUCUCUCCCUUAAUCCCAUUUGCCAUUGUACAUGCCCAAUCGCCUAUACUUUCCACAUUUAACUUGGAUGACAUUUUUAUUUCAUCAUUAGCAUCAGACGCCAGACUGACUGACACAGUGGACACAGAUUGCGUUUUGACGGAAGACUCCGGGAUGAGACAUGUUCAUGUUUUUGCGCGUCUAUUCUUAAGCUCUCAAACAAUUUGUUUGAUCACUUUUUCCAGCCGGGAAGGACGCGUGUUUUGACGCGUAGCCAGGGUGUGAAAUCGACUUUAAGAGAACAACUGAACAGCGACUUUACGCAACCAGGAUAGCCUCGGUCUGUCAGUCACUCGUGCUUUUUUUUUCUUCGGUAAAAAACAAACAAACAAAAAAAUCCUGCUUCCGUGGUCCUCCACGUUCAGACCUCUACAGCAGCGAUGCCAGAGACAACGCAAGAGACGUGCGCUCCGGCCAAGGAUUCGCCUUUCUUCAUUAAGAACCUGCUGAACUGUGACAGCAAACCGCCCAAGCCCAAGCCGGUACUGACCGCCGCCAAGGCGGUGUUGGAGGGAGGAUUUUCCCUUUCUCAGGUUGGGGAAUUCAACUUCCCACGCUUCGACUUGCCCGCGCAGAGGUUCAGCCUCCCGGCCCACUACCUGGAGCGAACGUCGGCGUGGUGGUACCCCUACACCCUCAGCUCAGCCGCGCACCUGCACAGAAGCGAAGCUGCAGAGAAGCCAGCCGCCAGGGACUCCUCUCCGACGUCGGGCACAGACAGAGACUCCCCGGACCUGGUGCUCAAAUCCGAGCCGGACGCCAAAGACGACGACGAAGACGACGAGCACAACAACAACAAGAGCAGCGACGAGAUCAUCCUGGAGGAGAGCGACACCGACGAGGCCAAAAAGGACGAGCUGGAGGAGUGGAAGAAGAGGGACGAGGACAAGAAGCCGUGCCGCAAGAAGAAGACGCGCACCGUGUUCUCCCGGAGCCAGGUGUUCCAGCUGGAGUCCACCUUCGACAUGAAGCGCUACCUGAGCAGCUCGGAGCGCGCCGGCCUGGCCGCGUCCCUCCACCUGACGGAGACCCAGGUCAAGAUCUGGUUCCAGAACAGGAGGAACAAGUGGAAGCGGCAGCUGGCGGCGGAGCUGGAGGCCGCCAACCUGAGCCACGCCGCGGCGCAGAGGAUAGUCCGGGUGCCCAUCCUCUACCACGAGAACUCGGCCUCUGAGGGCGGGGGCGCGGCCGCCAGCGUGCCCGUGAGCCAGCCGCUGCUCACCUUCCCGCACCCCGGCGUCUACUACUCCCACCCCAUAGUCACGUCUGUGCCGCUGCUCAGGCCGGUUUGAAAGCGGCCGAGCUUUGUGGCACAGGGGCGCACCGGUUUAUUCUAAAAAAAAAAAGAUUAAGAAUAGACAAUAUUUUUUUAUACAACAGUGAGGAAAAAGAAAUAGGAAAAGACUGUCUCUGUCAGGCAAACAAGGACCUAUUUUGGCAAAAUAAAUCGUGUCAAUUUCCACAAGGGUAUACCGUUUACACAUGAUCCAACGUUACUGAUAUUAGAAUUCUAACGAUCACCUCAGGAGUCCAUUCACAGAUACUGCCUGACGAGUGUUUUCUUUCCUUGUUUUCACCCCCCCUGACCGUUGCAGGACAGGCCAACUCUGUGUGGUGUACAAAAAAAAAACCCGACCUUGUUUACAAAGAACUGGCGCUUCCUGUUCGUCAUUUGAUUUUAUUUGACUUUUCCACCACUGAUGGCAGAUGAUGUGCAAUACACUGACACUGUGCUGUGAAUGCAUGGUUCCACUGACCGGGAAACAACAGCUUGUUUCCCGGAGUUUCCAUGUCGGAGUACAGAUUAAGCUUGUGAUGUUUUUUAUUUUAUUUUAAAUCUUUUUCUUUUCAUUGUCCUUUUCCUUUUAAAGCGCUUGACCGGGGACAAUCAAGACACUGUAGAGCUGUAAAAUAUCAAUGUAGCUUUAUGCUUUCGUAACUCUUUCUGUCGCUCCUUCUACACGGACACGUCUUUAGAGCACAAGUCUUUGGGUUUUUAAACAGGAGGUGUAAAAAAAGAAAAUCGUCUACACUGGUGUAAAAAACAUGUAAAUGUAUAUAUUUAAUGAGGCGCGGGGAGAGGGGAGUCCUCACACGGCUUCUCCUUUGUAUCAUAAAAAACGACGUUUUGAUAUUGUAUUGCUGAACCAUGUUGUGAAAUAAAUGG